AUGGCAGCCUCUACAACUUCCCACAGACCCAUCAAAGGGAUCUUGAAGAAGAAGGGUAGCAUCGACAGCUCGGUCUUGACAAUUACCGAGCCCUCUGUGACUCCAGGCCCAAGUACUGAAGUGGGCGCCGGCACCGGUAGUGGCGAGGAGCUCAGCAAGAAGUCCCAGAAGUGGGAUGAAAUGAGCAUCGUGGCCACUUACCACCCGGAAGAUAAGAAGUACAGGCUCAUGAAUAUCGACAAAUUCGAUUCACCCUACCACUCCACCAUCAGAGACACAGAAGACAAAUCCAUCAGCAACUCGGAAAUCACGGGAACCAUAGUUCUUGAUCUCUUGACCCAGAGGCUGCCAGUAGCCAAGGGCAAGGAACCCAAGUUUCUAGUGCACUGGAGUGAGAGCAGUGAAGAGGAAGAGGAUCUCAGGAGGCAGUUCAAAUUAAAGAGGAAGGUCCAUUACAGUGAGGGCCUGAACAUCAAGUUUGCCCAGCAACUCAUCUCCAGGGAGGUCCUCGGGAACACGGAGGAGGAAGCACCACAAGACCAGGAGAUGCAAGAAGAGGCCUCUGAGAUGGAAAGCACAGCAGCCGAGGCAUCAGAGAGUGAAAUGCUUGCUGAGGACAAUGAAGACUAUGAUAUCAGUAAGCUGUGA